AUGUCAACAUACCCGGGUUCCAGUCGCCUUCUUGGUAAGACUAUUGUGAUUACAGGUGCUUCGAGUGGCAUUGGGCGAAGCACGGCUUUCGAAUUCGCCCGGGCCUGUCCUCAAGGGCUCAAAUUAGUCCUCGCCGCUCGUCGUGUUGACACGCUCCAGGAUAUCGCCAAGGAGAUCACCAGCGAAGUUGGAGAUGCCGUCAAGAUUCUGCCCGUCAGACUAGACGUGAGCAGCAGCGAGGAUAUCCGGCAGUUUGUGCCUAACCUUCCUGAGGAAUUCAGAGAUAUCGAUGUCUUGGUCAACAAUGCUGGUCUCGUCAAAGGGGUCGCCCGCGCACCAGACAUUGCGGAGGAAGAUAUCGGCAUCAUGAUGGCUACAAACGUUACUGGGCUGAUCAAUAUGACCCAGGCCGUGCUUCCCAUAUUUCGGAAACGGGCCAAUGGCGGUUCCGGUGAUAUAAUCAACGUUGGCUCCAUUGCCGGUAUACCAGAAAACCGUCAUGACUCCAGCCCAGUUUUGAAGUGCAAAACUAACCAGAUCAACUGCGAUAGGGCGUGA